GUUUACUGACAAACAUUGCAAAUAGCAUUAACAUAACUACAUGCACUUCCUCAAGAAUUCAAUCAUAUAACACAAGUUUGUAUAAAGGUGCUAAGAAUUUACAUAGAUUUAAUUUUUGGGGAUAUUUCCUGAUCAAUUCAUACAGAAAACACUAGGAAAAAAACGUGUGGCACAAACGAAAGCCCGAGGAAGAAUCUUUUGAGCACGUAAUAGGAAUUAUGAUCCCAGUGGUUGAUUUCAGUGGCUAUUCAUUAAAGGGUGGUCAUCCAACACCUAGUGAAGCUGAACUGGCCCCAUUAGCAGAUGAGAUCCACAAAGCAUUCAUACAAGUUGGAUUAUUUUACAUGAAAAAUCAUGGACUUGAUAUUUCACAGGUUGUUGAAGAAUAUAUGGAGAUGGCUAAGAGAUUCUUUGACCUUCCACUUGAUAUUAAAAAGAAGUAUGAACUUGAACAAGGAACCAGCUAUAUGUACCAGGGGUACCACUUACAUGAACAUUGUGACCACGAAGGGUCAGCUGAUGAUCUGAAGGAAGCCUUCAAUGCCUAUCCAACCUGGGAAGGGGAAUGGCCUGAUGAAUAUGUACCAGG